AAAUGGAUGCUUUCUUGACUGAAUUGCGUUGAAGGGAUCACUGAUGCUGCCAAAGAUAACAGAGAACUGGGCGAAGAUUGCGAGAGUCAGCUGCGGAGGCUCCGACGGCGCGACGUCACUCCCGAACCGGAGGAGUGAGAGGGUGACGCUCGGGGGAGAAAGGUGCCGUUCAGACGCCAGAACGUGGCGUGUACAACCUGCGCCCUCGUCCUUCCACUGAUGCCUUCAUGACAAAACUACCUCCCGAACUUCUUCAUCACAUCCUUUCCUUCUGCGACGCCCAUGAAUUGAGCAUACUGUCACUGUGCUCGAAAUGGAUGCGAGAUGAGGUCCUUCACUUCUGCCAAAGUUUACGUCGCCAUCUGGACCCCCUUCCCCGCGAGGACCCGUCCGCGCAGGCGUCUGCGCUCGGGAUCUUGAUGAAACGAGUCACCUGCCUGUACCCCACCAAAGAGAGGCUCAAUCUCAUGGUCAAUUUCAUCACAAAGUAUAUUCCAGCACCGUGCCUUUCGUCCGACUUGAAGCAGUGGCAUCUCUUUGGCCGCUUCCUGUUCGCAGCCAUCGCUGGAUGGGACGACGACGAAUGUUCCCGUGUCUACGAGGCGCUGAUUUCCUACACAGCAGCUGGUGGGCGCAUCAACACCUGCGUCUAUGCCGCACCAGGCAAGUACGUCAAAGAAGAAAUCACAUUGCGAAACUUGGUGACAACGAUAGUGUUCAACCAGACGGCCGGUUACGAGCGAGCCCUGUGGAUCUACCUUUUCCUCAAGCCUCACCCGAUCGCCUGCAAAGCCCAGCUGCUUUUCAUCCUAUGCGGCCCUUCCUGCCAACAUGGCGUCCUGUGGGACCUCCCCGAUGACCGGCGCUUCUCAGACCCGAUGGUCCGAGCCAUCGACCAGUUAGCCGAGAGUCUUUUACUGCUGCAUGCGCAUGCUGUCAACUGGACGCCGGACGACACCUCUAGCGUCUUGGAAGAAUUAACCCGAGUUCCCGAGGAGUGGAGUCUUUUGAACGUGUCCCGCCUGAUGCUGGCAUGCGGUAAGGAGAUUGCCCUGCUGUCCUUGGCGUCCAAGCUGCGAAACGGCCGUUACCACGAAGUGGGACGCAUCGUAGCCAACAUGUUCAUCGUGGAAGACAAGGGCUAUGCAGGUAGAGUGACCGUCUACCACCUCUUGGAUGCCCUUCAAUGUGAGGCCUUGUACAACAACCUGCCUACGGUCUUCGGAGAGAUGAUUACUGACUGUGUACAGGAAGACGACGACGACCAACAGCUGUGCACGGAUCUGUUGGAGAUAGCGUCGGCUCAAAACUGCUUCAUCAGCUAUGUGUCUCGCAGGUUCCGACAACUAAUUUAAGUUAUGA